AUGGAUAAUAUACAAGAACUUUUGAAAGAUGCCACUGAUUAUUUAUCUUCUGGAAAUGUAAAGGAUGCCUACUUUUCAUAUAUAAGUGCACUGGAUUUAGUAACAAGGGAGCUACAUAACAUCAAAUUUGUAAAUAAUGUUGUAGCUUCAAAACCGGCGUCUCUUUCUUCAAUUUUUGCUUUAUCUCGAACAUGCCUAUCAUAUGCUGAAGAUAUCAUAGUAAAACAUCAAACUCCACCCGUACCACGAAGAAAUCCGAAUCUCAAUAUAGCGAUAUUUCCACCGACACCGCAACAAGAGGAACAUCCGCACGAUUUAUCACCACACAGAGCUCCUCCAAUACCUCCGAAACCAAUGCGCAGAUCUUUUAAUAAAGUAUGCGAAGAUGGAUCAUCGUCAAAUUCCCUCAAAAAUGAACUACUAGCCUUAAAGCCUCCAUUACCGCCAAAACCCGUACGAACUGCUAGCAUUAAAAAAUAUUUAGUAGAUAUAGAGGUUUCUGGCAGUGGUUCGUAUCUUCGUAGAUCAGAGUCAUCUUUAGAUGUUACAAUUUCACAAACAUUACUUCGUCGUCGCUCUUCAUCUCCUGGCCGUGUUGUUUCAACAUCUAGAAGGCGGCCUACGCUAACAGGUUCUAUAACAAGUUCUAUAACAGAUUCGCCAACGGAUGAGGAGAGCCCUUAUUCUUCACAUUUAACAUCCCCUACAACACCUGCCUCAUUUUAUGGAGCAAUAGCUGUUCCAGUAUCGAUGCCAAAUUUAUUUGAACAACGCCCAAAAAUGAUCAGUGUUAUUCCUGAAGGUGCCGUUGAUCCAAAUAAUUUGGUACCUGCUAUCGCAUUGACUGAAAGCGAAAAUGCACAGUCACCAAGUUCACCUUCAUCAUCACAGUAUUCAUAUCAUGUGCCUGAAAUUCCAGCAUCACCUUUAUUAACUCAACAUACUCAAUUGGAACAAAAAAUUCUAACUUUAGAAAAAAAAUUGUCAGAAUAUCGUGACAUAUCUAAAAAGAGAGAGGAUGGUAAGUCAGAGUCUGACUCCGACGAGUUAUCACGGACAGAACUUCCAGAUGAGGAAAUUAAGGAGGCGAUUGAGAAGUAUGGAGCUACAGUUGCUGGUCUAAAACAUACAAUAACAAAAUCUCGCAAAUUAGUUUAUAAAGCUGCCGCAGAUCCGGAUAUUUUAGAAUUUGCUCCUCAUAUGAUUGCGUAUCAAUUAACUUUAAUUGAGUCUGCAAUCUUUUUGGAAAUAGAUCCAACGACUCUUCUUACACAUUCCGCAAAGAAUCCUGACUCAAAAAUCACUGCCUCAACGGACUUUUUUAAUUAUCUUACAAGAGUUAUAGAACGUUCUAUUCUAUUACCCUUAGAGGCUUCCUCACGUGCACAAAUUAUGAACCACUGGGUAAAAGUAGCCGUUAAGUUACACGAAUUACAUAAUUUCCAAACCUUAAAGGCAAUCCUUGCUGCAUUGGGAACACCACCAAUAAAAAGAUUAAAAAGAACAUGGGCUUGUAUUCCGAAAAAGAGUAUGGUAAGAUUGGAAGCAUUGUGUGAUAUGAUGAGUGAAACGAGAAACUAUGAAAAGUAUCGAGAGACCAUACAGCGAGAAGGUUUCUUAAGGAAGCCUACUAUACCAUUUUUAGGAACAUUUAUUAUGGAUGCUACCUAUUUAUUGGCUGCUGUUAAAUCUGCAGGUUCAUCAAUUUCGGAAGAUCCUCGUGUACAAGAAUUAUUACAAACUAUGAUUAGAUAUCAACAUGGACCUAAAUAUCAGCCUAUUCCACCAGUAACAUUCAUAAAAGCAUCGACCAAACAUUUUCGUACAGCAAGUAUUAGUGCAGCUCUUCAUCGUAGCAGUGGUUAUAAAUAUAAUCAUAGGGGUGAAGAAGAAGAUGAAUCUAUUGAAGAAAAGCAACAGUUAAUAUCACAUUACCUAUUAACAAGGGUAUGGAUUCCAGAAAAAAGUGUGGAUGAAUUGAGCCUAAUACGUGAGCCACAUAAGCACAAAAAUGGUCAUAGUGGCGGUCGCGCAUCCGGAACAGCUUCGUGGAGUGGUACUCCAAACAGUGUAAUAUCAAAUGCUAGCAGUGCAUAUCGUGGUAGUACGGGAAGUACUGUUGGCGGAAGCGGUACGAGUACUGGAGGAAACGCUAGUCCUAUUAGUGGAAUAGGGAGAGCUAGCUCAACAAGUGGUAGCGGGGAUUCGCGUCCUCAUAGUUUGGAAGAAGGAAUCGAUGUAACACCCACGGCAUCAAUCACAUCUAAAUUGGAUAGGGCUGGGCCCAUCUCAGAUAAAGAAGUAGAACUUUCCAGGAUUCAUGCAGAACCAACAAUUAUAAUGCCAACUCCAAUAUCUAGUAAUAAAAGAACUAGCUGGAGAAAUAUGAGAGUAAUGUUUGGCAGUUACGAAGCCACCGAAACUCCUAAAAGUCCCACUGCUAUGUUACGUGCAACAUCCCAUUCUCGAAGUUCAUCUAGUAUUGAACUAGUACCAAAAAGUCCCACUGCUACGUUUAUGAAAGCUCAUGGACGUACUACUUCGGCUAAUUCUCCUGGUGCAAAGCCUUUUACGUAUGCACCUGGAAUUUCAACGCCGAGUAGUAUGGGAUCUAGUGCUAGUGCUCCUGGAACUCGAAAUAGCGUAGGUAAUAAUAACAAUUCCAUAUUUAUAGGAAAUAUGGAUGGAAUAGAAGAUUUCCGCAUGGUAUUGGCAAAGAAAGUAGCUGGUGAGGUUACAGCUGGGGGUGGCUCUUUAGAGAGAAACCGACAAUAA